AUGGCGGGCGAACGGGAAGCUAUGGCAAAACACGAAGACAAGGAUAUACUCAACGGCGCGCCGCUUCAGCACGACGAAGGAGAGGCUCAAGGCGACUCCAAUCGGAAUUUCAUCAACAAGAAGGACAUGCCGCUGGCCAACGCUCGCGGACUGGUGGAUCUGCCGCCCGAGCUGAAGUUGCUGAUCCUCGAGCCACUCGAGUUUGGCACCCUGCUGCAAGUCGAAAAGUGCCACGAAUCGUUCGAAACGCUCGGCCACCAAUUGAAGCUGCAACGAGCCGACGGAAAGGUGUUGAACAUUCGCGCUGAUGACGAUAGCAUCGUUUUGCAGAUUCCGGGAGGUGCAAGGCGUUUCCUCGAUCGCAAUGAUACUUACUGCCAGGCGCCCGACUUU